AUGUCUGAAGAAGAAAUAGGAAAAAUUAAUCGAAAAUUACAAAAAAUGAUUGAUAAAUCAGAAGUGGAUGAAUCAAUGGCACGAGACUUUCUGAUUCGUUUACAAGAAUCACGUAUUACAUUGAGUAUUCUUCAAAAAACUGGUAUUGGAAAAACUGUUAAUAAUUUACGACGAGUUAUUGCCAACGAUGAUUUAUCAACAGUUGCAAAAAGUCUUUUAAAAAAUUGGAAAAAACUUGUACCCGAGUCUUCAUCGGUACCAGUAAAUAAAGAUGAUAAACAAACAAUACCAACAAAUAAUAAUAAUAAUAAUAAUAAUAAUAGUCAACAUUCUCAAGAAAUAAAUGGCAGUACUGGAAAAAAUUUCGAAUCAAGUAAAUCUAUUGAACGUCAAAUUUCACAAACCUCAACAUCUUCUUAUACAUCGGCAUCACAAACACACGAUGAGAUUAGAUUGAAAUCACGAGAUCUUAUAGCAAGCGCCUUUUCAAUUUCUGAACUGCCAGAAGGGUCAGCCGAUCCAGUUGACUUAGCUGGUCGAGUUGAAGAUGCAAUUUUUAAAGACAUAAAAGAUACUGGUGUUAAAUACCGUAAUCGAAUUCGUAGUCGAAUAUCAAAUUUGAAAGAUUUAAAAAAUCCUAAUCUUCGUACAAAUGUUCUUAUUGGUUUUAUUACACCUGAACGAUUAGCCACACUUACUGCUGAAGAAAUGGCAAGUGAUGCAUUGAAACAAGAACGCUCAAAAUUAAACGAAAGUGCUAUUAAUGAACAUCAGCUUGCUAUGGACGAAGGCACUGGCACUGAUCUUAUUCAAUGUGGCAAGUGUAAACAAAAUAAUUGUGCGUAUACAGAAGCUCAAACACGUAGCGCUGAUGAACCCAUGACUCUAUUUGUUUUUUGUAAAAACUGUGGUCAUCGAUGGAAGAUGUAA